AUGUUUCUAUGUAAAGGAAAAUCGCCAGCCGAUAAUAUUGGUAAUAAUAUUGGUAAUAUUUGUGAUGCUGGAAGUAUUUCUACAGAUAGCAGUAGCAGUAACCAGAAAACAUUAGGUGCCCCCACUGAAGACAUGUGGCCUGGAGUAACCACUCUUCCCCACUUUUUAUCAGAAUGGGAAGUUGAGUCAUCAACUGAACUUACAUCGUUAUCGGGUAAUAUAAACGACCAAGGAAUCGAUUUAAUUAAAAAAAUGAUUGCUUAUAAUCCAGCUAGCCGCAUUUUAGCAAAAGAUAUUUUAAAACAUCAAUAUUUUGAUGGUUUUAAUCCUGAAGCCUUGUAUUAUUAUACUGAAUCAUAA